AUGAAUCUCUCAGGAGAGUCGGCGCCAUCCACUUUGUCCCAACUGCGAGAGAGUGUCUGUGCUCCACCAUCUGCGGAUGCACAAGAGAGGCAGAGGGAGGCUUUAGAGUCAUGUGAGAUGUACAAAGUCUGGUUUGCUUCUGAGUAUAAUCCUUUCAGUCUGGGUGUCUCAGGUGAAGAGAUGUCACGGUAUGUCAGCCUCUGGAAACAACAGAUCGAAGGGGGAGACACCUUGGGAGACAAUGACUUACGUUGCAGCAUCGAGCUACUGCUUCGCUCAACCAUCUUUCAGCUCGAUACAGUCCUGUCCAAAUCGGAGCUCGCCCGGAAACGCAAACAUCUAGCAAGAUGUGCAGCAAGUUUCAUUCCGCAAGAAAGCAGACCUGCAGAAGGCGCGCAGCACUUUUAUCAGAGACAUAUGUCAUUGUUUGAGACACUAAUCAUGGACCAGGAGAUGUCUCUGGAUUCAACCCUGACAGCCUUGUCACAGCAGUGCACUGAAUUUCCUCGGGUCACCCUUACCCGGGCAGCCCGGAAGGCUCGUACAAACGCGGCAACAGUGACUACAGCAAGUGGGUCUUCAGUUUCCCAACCCCUCCUCUCAAGGCCUGUCCAUAGACGCCCUGUGGCCAGUUCUUCCAGGGUGGAUCCCUCCAGACAUCAGAGCUCCCUGAGAGGAAACCAAGCUCACUCCCUCCCUGCUCACUCCAUACAACCACCAUUGUAUCCUCCAUUUGUAGUUCCCUUUGCAUCAGCCUCAGCCACGUCCCCGGAGGCUUUAAGGUCUGUUGGCCCAAUCUUCUCCACGUCUUCAGCUCACCGAGAUGUUUCGUUGAGGAGCACCACUUUUGGUAUGCCAAGUCUUGGAGGGGAAGGCCUACCUAGUGGUUUUACAGACAGUUUACCGGACUCACAGCAACCAUACAUGUCUGCACUUUUUGGACAAGGCCCCCAGGAUGCUGACAAGCUUUCUGUACUGUUACCCACUCUUCCAGACUGGAUUCAGAGCCUCUUCAACAAUAAAUCCCUACUGACUAUGGGCCUCAUUGCUGCAAAUAUAGAAGCUUGUGUCCUUCAUCCUGACUGUAGGCCAUUUCACAAAUACAACCGCUCAGAGACUCCUGAAGAGAUGCACCAAGACGCUAUGACAGGCAUCAAACUCAUUGAGAAGUGGCUUGAAAUGUUUCCUGAUGACUUUGAGAGAUUGGGGCUACCCAAACAACAAGUGGAGACUUUAUUAAACACUGGGAUGGCACAGCUCCUACAUCACAUAUACCCCCCAGAUCAUGUAAAGAAUGACAAUGCAGAGACACUUAUCCGGAUAUGUGCAUGGCAAGAGUGGCCUAUUAAAGGUGCAGGGGUCACAGAACGUACAAAGAGGCUGGCUAAUCUUUGGAAUACAAUAGAGCAAGGGCCACUCCAGUCACAAAGCAUGAAAGGGAGGCAGGGGGUGCCAAGUCAGUCUUUGGGGUAUGCAGGAACAAACCAAGCUGGACAAAUCAGCAGACUUAAGGCUAUGCAGGUGUUCCAACUGACCACAAGCACUUUAUAUGCACUCACAACAAAGGAUUCCACUCAUUUAAAUGAGGAACUUCACUAUAGAGUGGCUGCUUGCUUAGCUCUCUGGCCCUUUUUGACCAUACAUUCUUGGGAACCCUUUGAUUCCCAGUUGAAUUAA